CGCUCGGGCUCGGGGCAGAGGCGCUCGCACCAUGGCCGCGGCCCCCCGUCCCGCCCGGGCGCCGGCGCGCCGCCACUACCGCGUGCAGCUGCGCUUCGUCACCGAGGAGCAGCUCUUCGCCGCGGGGCCGCUCUCCCUCCCCACCCCGAAGUCUCUGCGGCUGGAGGUGCACCCGGCCGGGGAGGAGGCGGACGCGACGGUGACGGACGCUGAUGGCGUCUGUGUCUUCAAAUGCUCGCUCAACAGAGACACAGAAUAUUGCUGUGUGGGGAAGGAGUCCAUCUUGAUUACUCUGGGCUGCCACAGUGCUUUGCUGAAGUUUGAGUCUCAUGCUGAAUUGAGCGCAUUUUCAAACACCUUGAAAAGAUGCUGGCAUGAGAAAAAGGAAUACUCGGCGUUCAGCCAGAGGACAGAAGAGGCGUCUGCCGUACAGUACUUCCAGUUUUAUGGCUGCCUUUCCCAGCAGCAGAACAUGAUGCAAGAUUUUGUGAGGACGGCCACUUACCACAGAGCCACGCUCCAGAACCACACUGACUUCAGAGAUAAGGUGGUUCUAGAUGUUGGUUGUGGAUCAGGAAUACUGUCAUUUUUUGCUGUACAGGCUGGAGCUCGGAGAGUCUAUGCAGUUGAGGCCAGUUCAGUAGCACAGUAUGCUGAGAUGCUAGUGAAAAGUAACCACCUUUCAGACAAGAUCAUUGUUUUGCCAGGGAAAAUUGAGGAAGUCUCACUUCCUGAGGCUGUAGAUGUGAUCAUUUCAGAACCAAUGGGAUACAUGUUGUUCAAUGAAAGGAUGUUGGAAAGCUACCUUCAUUCCAAAAAGUGGCUGAAAGCAAAUGGAAUGAUGUUCCCCACGUUCAGCGACAUCCACUUGGCCCCCUUUUCUGAUGAACAGCUGUACAUGGAACACCACUCCAGAGCCAGCUUUUGGUACCAGCAGUGCUUCUAUGGGGUUAACCUGUCCAGUCUCCGGGGUGCUGCAGUGGACGAAUACUUCAGACAGCCAAUAGUAGACACAUUUGACGUUAGGAUUUUGAUGGCUCGGACAGUGAAGUACACCGUAAACUUUAUGGAUGCGGAAGAGGCAGAUCUCCACAGAGUAGAAAUUCCCUUUGUGUUUCAGAUGGCGCAGUCCGGCCUCAUCCACGGCCUGGCGUUCUGGUUUGACGUGGCCUUUGUGGGCUCUCUGUAUGUAUCUUACCCCUUCUUUGCCUGCUCUAUCCCAUGCCGUCUUCUACUAUUUGUCAUCAUAACUUUAAAGUUUUUAAAACAGACUAAGCUCAACAACAGUAAUAUUUGUUUCUCCCCAUUUCCAGAAAAUAAACACUGAUGUUGUUACUUUUAGAUUUUAGAGUGAAAUGAAAAUAAGACAGUUUUUCAUAGUUGCCAUAUCAACUCUGACUAAAAUACUGUAAUAAAACCUCUUAAGCCAAUUGUGUUGGGAUUUGGAGCAGCGAGAGAGUGUGUGUUAUCAACCAACUUGUUCUCUUCCAGAAGAGAUGGAGGUGGGGCAUGGAGGGAGGCAAGUCCCUGAUUUUGUUUCCAUCACAGCUGGUUACAGAACCUCCUGUGUCUGAGUAAUACCUCCAAUCACACUUUCCCCCAUGUCGGUUCACAGCUUUCAGUUUCACAAUCUAGAAUCCUUUCUCUAUUUUUUUUGGCUGAAUUGGGUCUUCUUUGCAGUGCGUGGGCUUCUCAGUGCGGUGGCUUCUCUUGUCGUGGGGCAUGGGCUCGAGGCACGUGCGUUUUUAAUGAUCAGCGGGCAGGUGCUGCUAAUACUAAUUGCAACAUUAGGUAACUUCCUCCUCCUGUACUCCUUUCUUCACUACUGGAAAGGUUUGAAAGUUGUGGGUGAAAAAGGGGAAAGACCUACAAGCUGAGUGUUCAUGUUUGGUGUUCUUUAAGGGCUCUGCUGCUCCCACAACCUGCACAUCUCUGCUCUCCUCCGGACACCCCUGCUCUCUUCCCAGACUUCUCCAUGUGUCCCAGUAGCAGUGAGGGUUGAUCUGGGUCCCAUGACCAGGCAGAAGGCAAACUGACAGUACACUCUCCUCCACUUCUUAAAAAAACAUCCAGGUUCUCCGUGGCACCUACUGAGAAAGACGUGCCUGUGGGUCUGUGAUACAGCUCAGGGGGCUUGGGGGGCUCAGGGGAGGAGGGAUCCCUGGCAGCCUUGUCUGGGCUGACAGUCAGAGAAAGGAAACGACGUGAAAGUCAUUCCUAUUCCACACAGCAUGUGUGUUCAAGGAAUCCGUGCAUCUCUUUCUGAGACGUUCCCCCACUACCAUCCCAAGGUAACGGUUUGGCUGUCAACAGCCCCCACUGAACCUCUAACUCACUGGUAUCAGGUUCGAUGCCUUCUUCAGACUCCUCUCUUUGCCAAGGAAGGAGAGACCCUCUCCGGAACAGUGCUGUUUGUCGCCAAUAAAAG